CUCUGUGCUCUGUGUGCCAUUUCCCCUCAAAUAAACAAAACACUGAAGAAUCACAUGUCCGAAUAAAUAUAUGCCCCCAUUUGAGCACCAUGAGUGUUGAUAUCGAAAUUCCCCCUAUUGAACACAGCCUAUUGCCCCAGGCUCCAGAUGCGGAUCCCUUGAGUGUGGAGCAACGAUAUUACACUCGGUAUUACACCCGACCUUUGGUGCAGGAUCCUGUUUCGUGUGUUCCACCGACCGAUUCGACCGAUUCGACCGAUUCGACCGAUUCGAAUGAGCGCAAGUCUCCGACGGAUCCGUUCAAGGAAGCCGGUCUCAUUUUGGUCCAUUCCAAUCGGAUUUGUUUAGUGUGUUUGUCCCCGCAUCACACCAUACACCGGAAAGGACUCAAAGUCGAGAGGCUAAACUUUCAAGUGACCAAUCGGAUCAACAGGCUGGAUAAUCUGGACGUGAAAGGAAAAUCUAAACGAGGCGCCCAAGUUGUGGAUGAGAAUGCUAUCUUGGCUUGGAUCGAGUGCGACAACGGAGAGCGAUAUCCUUUGAGGAGCCAAGUCAAAGGCAAGCUAAUCGAAAUCAAUCCCAAAGUCAUCGAGGACCCUCAAAUCAUGGUGGACCAACCUUUUGGACCAGGCUUUGUGGCCAUCAUCAUGCCCAAACUACCUGAAGGCUUGAGCCAACUCAAGGAGCGAAUGGUCACCGAAGACGAGUUCAAGAAAUUGUCGUCGUCUUAGGUACGUAUGAAUCCAUGGUUCUCCCUGACACAUCCAUGGAUCGGGACGAGCUUUCGCUCACAGUUCUCGGCUUGGAUCCGAUGGUAAAAGUAGCCGAACCUCGUUUAGCUCCACUCCCAAACAAAGAGCUUAAUUGCCGGA